GAAGCACUGAGAUGCUACAUAUAUCAUUCUUACUAAGCUACAGGGAUGGUUACAAUGUGACCCUCUAAACCAAUGUUAAAACCAAUGUUUAAAAACAUAUUUGCAAGUCAUAUUUCAGACGAGUUGGACAGAGAGAGAUUCCCCACCAUGAACAAGCAGCAGUUGACAUGGAACCAGUUUGCAAGACAGCCAGCCCAUGUAGUCCUGGUUGACUUCAGUCCUCCCUUUGGCAGUGAGAGCUGCUGUCAGGUACAGCAGGCACUCCAGGACAUCCUGGCUCUGGCAGCAAACAUCACAGGACCUCCCAGGGUCCCCUUCUUUGGCCUGUUUGCCAUUGGAACAUAUCCAGAGGCACUUCUUCCAUUGCAAGCUGUGCGAGGAAACCUCUCCAAGAUACACACAGCCCUUCAGGAGCUCCUGAGCUUCCAGAGGGAGGGGCUUGUAGGAGGGAAGACUGCUGGGUGUCUGGGGCAGGGGCUACAAGAUGCCAUGGCUCAGUUCAAAAGGCAGCAACACCUGUACAAACAGCUUGAGUUGAUGGUGGUAACCUGUCGUCCCAGCAACAUUGUGAACAAGGAAGUGGAGAGGGCAUGCUCUGUUCUGGACAUGGAUGUAUUGAAGAAGGUACAGGUGGUGUGCAUGAGCCAGCCGGAGGAUCUGGGAGCCUCGGACCUCUACAUGUUAGAUGACAGUCCUGGUAGCACUGCAGCUACUGAAAGUGAAGGUGGACUAAACUGUGGAAUGGUGGAUGUGGUGCAUCUAGACAAUGAUGGAGUGAGCCUGCAUCAGUUCUUGAAAGGCUGGCUGGUGGACAGUGGUACAGACAGGGAACAUCUCCACAUCACACUUCCAGGUAUGGCAGGCCUUGGAGCCCUGACCUUGAAGUGUGACCUGAGUGAGAGGAUCCUGGACCCCACCCACCUGCUGCAGCCGCUCAAUUUUGCCUUGGCACCAGACAUGAAGGGCCCCUCCUCUACUGCCCAGAGCAGGACCACAGGUUCAGCUGCACCUGUGUACAAACUUACUGCUGUCAAACUGGUCAACGCUGCCAACAUUUGUGAAUCUGUGGUCUAUGGGAUGCCGCUGGUAGUUACAGCCACCUCCUGCUGGAAGCUGGACUGGGAAGAGCUGGAGUCUAACCAGACAAACUUCCACGCUCUCUGCCACAUGCUGCAGGAAAAGGGUCUGGCAAUCUUGGCCACAAGAGAUCCUCCCCCAGGUCAGAACCAGCAGAAAUCUCCCCGUCCCUCCCCCAGAGCCCACUUCCUGCUCCUCCCCUCCCAGUCCACCUCUCUGCUGAUCAAGGCUGUGGCUGUGGCUGAGCUGCUGCUGCCCUGUGACUUCAUCUUUUUUUUAAGUGGCCUGGCAAUCUUGGCCACAAGAGAUCCUUCCCCAGGCCAGAAUCAGAACCAGCAGAAAUCUCCCCGCCUCUCUCCCAGAGCCCACUUUCUGCUCCUGCCCUCCCAGUCAACCUCUCUGCUGAUCAAAGCAGUGGCUGUGGGGGAGCUGCUGCUGCCCUGUGACUUCAUCUCACCCUCCGAGGCACCUGCACAGGAGGCCAUGGACAUUGUGGAGAGCGCCAUGGCUCAGCUUGAGGUGGAGGAAAUGUUGAACCCCCUCCUGGUGAAGUCAGGCCUGUACAGCUGUCUGACUCCGCACGUCAGGCAGACUACUGCUACUCCUGGGCAGCAGGGGAAGCGCAGGUUUCAGUACACAGCAACAUCACAGGUUCCUCAAAGUGCAGUGCCUGUAGGUUCUAGACAUGCCCCUCAGCAGACGAGGGUAGCGCAGACGAACCAAGCAGCUACUAGCACCAGUCAGAGGGGUGCACCAUUCAAGCGGCCUGAGAACAAUCAAAGGGGGCGGUUCUGUCCUCCAAAGGCAAAGAAGAGCAGAGUGUUUGAUCAAGAUGACAUGUUUCCAGACUUCACCCCUGACUUUUGAAGCUAACUGACUGUGUAUUCACUUAGCAUAGAAGCUAUUUGCAAUGGUUUGUUACUUUUCAUUUGUUUGUCACUUGUAAGUUAGGACGAAAAGGACUAUGAUGAAGACUUAAGUUUAAGAUAUGUAAGAUGAAAAUGUAUUUGCUUGCCAUGUUUCUUCAAUUUUAUCAAACUUAGUGUAAAGUAUUAUGUAUAAAAUGAGAUAUGGAUUUAUUACACAUCUUAACUUGCAAGACAUGCAGGAUUUUGUUACUCUAGCCUGUCCUGUGUGAACAUUUAAGGAAAUGUUAUAUCAAAUUUAAAUGUUCUUGUAGUAAGUAGGCAAUACAGAGCCUGCUUUUUGUCUGAAAUACUGCCUGUUCUUCGGGUUUCUGUUUACUGUAGUACCUCAUUCAUUAAAAGAGAAUCCUGUGAAAUCUUAAGAGCCCAAGUACAUUUUUCUGCUUUGCUUCAUUAGUUGGCAUUACAGAAUACAGUUACUGUACUGUAGAGUUCAAGUUACUUUUAGAUCACAAAGUUGGUUGAGGAGUUGAAUUCAUGAAAGACUUACGGUUUUGUGAAUCUUUGCCACACUGUUCAUACUGUAAGUUGUGAUACUUUCAGGGUGAUUUUUUUGUGAUCUCUUUCACAAUUCAUGGCACUGUAAAUAUGUCUCCCUUAUGUCUACACAUUUUGCCUCCUACUGCGAAGUAAAACGACAGCACAGCUAAAUGGUUCUA